AUGGCUUCAGGUCAGCACCCCCAGAGCGUCCCGGACUGGAACAAUCUCCAGGUUCUUCACAAGAAUACUCUGCCUGCACGUGCCUACUUCCACAACUACACGUCCGAGGCCGAUGCUCUCAAUGCCGACGUGACCAAAUCCUCGACACACAGCCUAUCGGGUACAUGGAAGUUCCGGCACUCUUACUCUCCGUUCGAAGCCCCUGAGGGUUUCGAGUCGACCACCUUCGACACUUCAUCAUGGAGUGACAUUGCCGUGCCUGGUAUGUGGCAGCUGCAAGGCUUUGGUAAAGGUCCACAGUAUACCAAUGUCAUCUAUCACAUCCCCGUAGAUCCGCCCAAUGUCCCAUUCACAGAAAACGAGACGGGCUCGUACGUCCGCAAGUUUGAAGUUCCCCAAGCACUAAAGAACAGCCAGAUCCGCCUUCGGUUCGAAGGUGUUGACGCGGCCUUUCAUGUUUGGGUCAACGGAAAGGAAGUGGGGUAUUCCCAGGGUAGCAGGAACCCCGAUGAAUUCGACGUUACAUCCUUUGUCGAUCUCAAUGGGGCCAACACGUUAGCCGUCAGGGUCUACCAGCACUGUGACGGGACUUAUAUUGAAGACCAGGACCAGUGGUGGUUGAGUGGCAUAUUCCGAGAUGUCUCAUUAGUCGGGUUCCCCAAGGCUUCUAGAAUCGACAACGUUUUUGCACAAACGCUCCUCGAUUUUUCCUACACUGAUGCUGAGCUCAAGCUCAAGAUCACUGCCACUGGGUCUGGAAAGGUCACCGCAAAGCUUCUGGACGCAAAGAAGCAAGAAGUCGCUUCAACAGACGCUCAGAUUGACGGCAGUGGCGAAACCAAACUCAGCGUCCAAGUCAAGAACCCCUUAAAAUGGACUGCCGAAUCACCAAAUCUCUACCAUCUUGUAGUCUCUACUAAUGAUCAAGUCGUUGCUCAACGCGUUGGAUUCAGGCAGGUUGAGAUGAAAGGUGGCCUACUCUUGGUCAAUGGUAAAAGAGUUGUCUUCCGUGGAGUCAAUCGCCAUGAACACCACCCCACCUGUGGCCGUGCUGUUCCGUAUGAAUUCAUGAAAGAAGACCUGUUGACCAUGAAGCGUCACAACAUCAAUGCUAUCCGCACAUCGCACCAGCUGAAUGAUCCACGGCUGUACGAUCUCGCGGAUGAGAUGGGCUUCUGGGUUAUAGAUGAAGCGGAUCUGGAAUGCCACGGAUUUGAAAGCAUCUCGGACGCAGCGCUCAGCACGGAACAGCGCGCUAUGCCUUUCCGUGAGCGUCAGCUCCUCACUCGCAAAGAGGCGGCAGAGUGGACAACCAACAACAAGGAUUGGACACAUGCCUACGUUGAUCGCGCUGAGGCGCUUGUAAAGAGAGAUCAGUUGCAUCCUUCCGUCAUCAUCUGGAGCUUAGGCAACGAAGCGUUCAUGGGAUGCAACUUCGUAGCCAUGUACGAGCACAUCAAGGCAUAUGACGACAGCCGGCCGAUUCACUACGAAGCCGACAUCUACGCCGACACAAUGGACAUGUACUCUAGGAUGUAUCCUCCAAUCGACGAGAUUGUUCGGUUUGGCGAGGACAAGGAGAAGAAGAAGCCGCUUAUACUUUGCGAAUUCGUACAUGCAAUGGGCAACGGCCCUGGCAACAUCAAGGAGUAUGUCGAUGCUUUCUACAAGUAUCCCACCUUGCAAGGUGGUUUUGCCUGGGAAUGGGCCAAUCAUGGCCUUCUCACCAAAGACAAGAAGACUGGAGAAGAGUUUUAUGCAUAUGGUGGCGAUUUUGGAGAAGAAGUCCACGAUGCAACAUUCGUCAUGGACGGACUUGUCAACUCUGAUCACAAGCCAAAUGCGGGUUUGAUCGAGUACAAGAAAGCUAUCGAGCCAGUACAGCUACUGGAGUCGAGUGCCUCAAAAGCCACAUUUAUCAAUAGAUACGACUUUAUCACACUGGACCAUUUGAGCUGCAGCUAUACUACGACAUCCGAGUCCGGAAACGGAAGCGGAUCUGCAAACUUGGAUAUUCCAUCUGGCAUCUUACCAGGCCAGACAUUUGAUCUGCAACUUCCAAAGGUUGAAGAAUCCAAGGGCGAAGUUCUACUCAACAUCUCAUUCCAAUUGAAGGAAGCCACGCCGUACCUCAAGGCAGGCUUCGAAGUUGCAAAUGCGCAAGUUCCAAUCACUCCGGUCGCGCCGCUGCAGCAAGCCGAGGCCAAGGGCAAAGAGAUCAAGGUUGAAGCUGAGUCUAAGACAGUGAUCAAGAUUACGGCCGAUGGCGCUACCUGGAAAUUUAACACGAUUCAUGGCUCGCUCACGUCAUGGGUACAGGGGUCUACCGAACUUAUUUCCGGAGCACCAGUGUUUGACAUCUUCCGCGCUCCUACCGACAACGACAUACCGCAAGAUGGCUGGGAUUGGAAAGACAAGCAUCUCCAACACGCCAAGGCAGCAACUCGUAAGGUCGAGUGGUCGCAGUCUGGCUCAGACACUCUGAAGAUCACUGUGCACCAGCGUGUAGCCCCUCCUGUCCUCUCAUGGUCUAUUGAUACCAUCCUGACAUACACAUUCCAUGCCACCGGAACACUCUCUGUGCACGUUGCCGGUACACCCAAGGGUCAAAAUCUGCCGCGUACACUCCCGCGCAUCGGUCUUGUUCUAGAACUCCCAAAGCAAUUCCAAAAGGUCGAAUGGUUCGGCCGCGGUUUCAGCGAGUCGUAUCGCGACAGCAAGUUCUCCCAGCCCAUUGGCAAAUACACCGCCUCGAGCAUCGAUGAGCUGUGGGUCGAUUACGAGGUCCCUCAAGAAUCAGCAAACCGGACAGACACUCGCUACGUUAGCAUCACCAAUGGCAGUGGUGCGGGGCUGCUUGCUCAAUUCGCAGGCAAAGCGGAUGCAGAAAGGAAGCUCUUCGACUUCCAGGCCAGCCACUACAGGAUGAAGGAUGUGGCUGCUGCGGGCCACCCGCAUGAGCUGAGGAAGCACAAGCGGGAGGAGGUUGUGCUGAGGUUGGAUGCUCAGCAUCAUGGAUUGGGCAGUGGUAGCUGUGGACCGAGGACGUUGGAUGAGUACAGCUUGCUUUGUGAGCCGUUUGAGUUUGAAGUCCUACUGCAGGCACCUUGACCCGCUUUCUUUUUGUGAUUUAGAAUAGAAAUGAAAUGACAUUGAAUGUUGAAA